CAAAACAAAAGGAAGAGAGAAAGGAAAGCCGCGCGAGGGAAAUGUCCUCCUUUAAAUGGGGGCGAUUUGACUUUAAACAAGCGCUAUUGUUGUUAUCCCGGGACUAAUUAUUGCAUUUCAUGAAUGUUGUUGUUGUGUGUGGAGUGCUAAUAUCAGUAGACGACAAGAAGGUUGGAGAGAAUCCACAGGUCGUCGCUUUUUGGAAUAAUGCCCACUGAUUGACCGAGCUACGGUGAGCACCCUUAAGUUGACUUCAUGAUAGAAAUAAUGAAGUUAGACGAUGUAUGGCGCCUCCGUUUAGCGUAAAAGUCGCGUCGUUUACGGUGAAAAGAGAUUUCCGGUCAACCAGAAGAAGGAGGUUGUGAUUUUCAGCCUCGAGGACGGAAGUCAGCGACCGAGGAGAGGCGCUGUCCUCGGUUCUGAAGUGUCUUCAGGGACAACACACUCGUAAUUGACUGUGGGACAGUGGGAGUCUCCUGCCAAAAGAGAAGAGUCAUCUUGAGCUCCUGUGCCACCAGGAAAGAGAUGAACAUGCAAAGACUUCCGGGCGGAAUUCAUCUGACAACUUUGCUGCUUUUGGUUUGUAUGGUUGACCUGUGCCAGCCGGUAUGCGUGGACAUCCCAUCAGAGACGGAGGCCGUUCUAGGAAAAAGGAUGAAGCUGACGUGCAUUUCCUGCAUGAAACGUGAGGAGGUGAAAGCCAAGACCCAUGUGGACUGGUACUACAUGCCGAAGGUGGAAAAAAACCAAGGCGAAAACGACAAAACCCUUAUCUAUAAGUACGAGGUUGACCUUCCAGUGGAGGUGGACGGGCCGUUUAAAGGCCGCCUGGCGUGGAAUGGCAGCCAGGACUUGCAAGACAUCUCCAUCAGCAUCCUCAACGUCACCUACAACGACAGCGGCGUCUACGAGUGUCACGUGCUCCGCGAGUUCGAGUUUGGCUCCUUCACUCCGUCGGCUUUCAUGAUGAAGAACAUCACGCUGAAGGUGAAAGAGGAAGCCAGUCUGGACACCGCAGCGCUCUACUCGGAGGUCAUGAUGUAUGUGCUGCUGGUCUUCUUGACCUUCUGGCUGCUGAUAGAAAUGGUCUACUGCUACCGGAAGAUCUCCAGGUCUGACAUGCAGACGCAGGACACAGCAUAUUGAAGCCUCCUGCUGGGACUUCUGCACCAUAAUAAAGAUGUCGGCACUAUCAGAUUCCUGCCAACAGAACCCCCCUCUUGUGUAUUUUCCCAUAAAAAAGCCAAAAAUAUCAGUUUAUUACCUUGUGUUUGGCUUUUUUGUGCUAAGCUAAAGUGCCCUCGGUAGUAAUAGAUCCAAUGUCAGCUGAAGAACCUGGCAGCACUUUUGAACAUCUCUUCUUUGUACCAUGUAGUGCCUACGUGACGUGGACCCUUUAUAAAUGGAAACAAGCGCAAGACACUGCUGUCAAAGCUAUCCAGCUUUUAUUGGCUGUAGUUUUUUCUAUAAUAUUUUAUAAAGAUCUACAGAGGUUUUAUUGGUAUUGGCUAAUAGCUGUGUAAGAAAAAUGCAUUGUUUUUUUUUGUUUUAAUUACUAAUACGUCAUGCAUUGCUUGCACCGGUGGCAAUAUAUAUAAUAUAUACUGUAUAACCAUUCUUGUGCCUCUCUACUCUACUCUUUUUUUUUUUUUUUAGUCACCCCGUUGGCCCCCAUUCCCUCUGCACAUAAAUCUUUAAUCCAUAUUCUGCAGUGAGGUCAAAGUUCCCAAAGCUUAGCUAGUUAUUGCCGGUGCGGUCCAUGCAUACGCAGGCUAAAUGCGUGCCUCACUUUCAAAAUGUACACAUUUUGUGCUCGUGUGACGCUACUCCUCCUGUGAUGCUUCACCAGUGACUUCAAUGCAUUCCAUCACUUUGUUCCUCUAAAAUCAGACAUUAAAACCUGAAAUCCCUCAGAUGUUGUGUGUGGAUGCUAAAUCAAAAUGCUUUAUCGGCGUAUAGAGUAUAUAUAAUACGUAUAAGCAGCAUGAGGAUGACAUGAUUGCUCGCUAUAAAAGUGCCAUGACCUUCGGGUGAUCCUGUGGCAAAGCAUUAAGUGUACAUGAGUCCCUUGAAAGGCACAGUAUAGUGGAUUGUGUGUGUGUGUGGGGGGAGGGGGUGUCUUGUUUCAUUUAUGUAUUUCUCUGAAAAAUAGUGUAUAACCUGUAUAUAUUUAUGUCUUCAUGCUUCACCGAUAGUAUUUUUCAUCAAAAACAUGAGAUUAAAAAUUUUCUUUGAA